AUGGCGCCGCCCCUGCCGCUUCCGCUGGGAACCCGGAAGUCCCUCCCCUGCGCCGGAAGUACGGUGGCCUUGCUUCCUCGAAGUAUUCCCCCGCCCCGACGCGGAGAAGACUUGUGUCCGGACCCGGGUGGGCGCGGGCUGAGUUGUCCGCGUGCUCCGGAACGGGGUCCCGGCAGCUCCGUCCUUCCCGCCGCGGGCGCCGGGAGCUCGGGCUGCGGCGGCGGCGGCGCCCGGAGAGCGCCGGUGCGGGCGCGGGGCUCGUGCGGGGCCAUGAACGGGACGGCGAACCCGCUGCUGGACCGCGAGGAACACUGCCUGCGGCUCGGGGAGAGCUUCGAGAAGCGGCCGCGCGCCUCCUUCCACACCAUCCGCUAUGAUUUUAAGCCAGCAUCUAUAGACACUUCUUGUGAAGGAGAGCUUCAGGUUGGCAAAGGAGAUGAAGUCACAAUCACCCUGCCACAUAUCCCUGGUUCUACACCACCAAUGACUGUAUUCAAGGGGAACAAACGGCCUUACCAGAAAGACUGUGUGCUUAUUAUUAAUCAUGACACUGGUGAAUAUGUGCUGGAAAAACUCAGUAGCAGCAUUCAGGUGAAGAAAACAAGAGCGGAGGGCAGCAGUAAAAUUCAGGCCCGAAUGGAACAGCAGCCCACUCGCCCCCCUCAGCCACCACCACCUCCACCACCCAUGCCAUUCAGAGCUCCAACAAAGCCUCCAGUUGGACCCAAAACUUCUCCCGUAAAGGAUAACCCUUCACCUGAACCUCAGCUGGAUGACAUCAAAAGAGAGCUGAGGGCCGAAGUGGACAUCAUUGAGCAGAUGAGCAGCAGCAGUGGGAGCAGCUCAUCGGACUCUGAGAGCUCCUCUGGAAGUGACGACGACAGCUCCAGCAGCGGCGGUGAGGACAAUGGCCCAGCCUCUCCACAGCCUUCACACCAGCAGCCCUACAACAGCAGGCCCGCCAUCGCCAAUGGGACUAGCCGGCCCCAGGGAAGCACGCAGCUCAUGAACACACUCAGAAAUGACUUGCAGUUAAGCGAGUCUGGCAGUGACAGUGAUGACUAGCUCUGGAUCUUUCGAAAUCUUCUCUCUGGUGCAUUAACGUGUUGCAAGACCGGGCUACUUUCGCAUGGAGUCCAUCGCCACAAGGAGAAUUCGGUGGAUCAGUGCCUAUAGGAGGAGUUGGAGGCCCUGGGCCUCUCAGACAUUCAAGUUUUAACUUGCUGGUGAUGGGUGAUUUUCUCAUGUAAUUUUUGAACAAUCUCUUUUCAAAGUUUAAGUAGAUCUAUAGAAGAACUAACAGAAUUCUAUUUCUAUUGGGUUAACAUUGCUAGUGGAAAAAAAGACAACGGUACCCUGGUGUGGGUCACCAGGAUGCCAUGUCUUCACCAGCCAUUAGUUUGGCCAAGUGAUCUGCACCUGUGAAAUGGAAGUCUUUGGCGAGGGAACCUCAGACACAUAGAAGUUGCUAAGCCACUUGAAGUUGGUGGCACAAGUGAUUAGGAAGUUGUGUCUGACCCAGAACGACAAGCCCAUGUUGCCAUGGACUUCAUUCGAAUGCUUGGGUCAACCGGGUGGGACUCUGGAGCUGUGCUCACUCCAUCCCUCAUUGAAAAACUAGGAAAGGGAAGCCCACGGCUGGUGCAUGCCACUCUCCUGCCCCCAGGCCCCAGGGUGUUUUCACUGCUUCCUCCUUUGAAUUUCACUUAAUAAAAUUCUUAUACCUGGAACUUGUAGUUGUACAUUGGCACUUAGAUUAGAUUCCAAAACAAGAGUUAGAUUCAGCCAGAUUAUCCCUACAUACAGACGCUGCUGAGCAGAUUACCACAGCUAAUGCCCAGGAUGCAGUGGAGGCUUACAGCUAGCUCCACGUGGAUCUGCCCCGUUUGCUACGUUUUGGUGGAGUUGAGGGGCAGGAGUGGAAGCAAGAAGGUAAAAAAAAAAACCUUUCUGAACAGAUGAACCAGCAGCAAGCUUUCCAUAAUGGAAAUCUAGAUAGGAGCUCCGCAAUAUGAAUUGAAUACAUUCUUGGAUAAGGUCUUUAUGUUUAUGCUCUUGUACCCCUGUCUGUGCCUGAUUCUCAGACUGGUCUGUAUUUUUUUAUGUAAAACUAGAAGAAUGUCACAAGAUUGCCUUCUAUGGUGCAGUUUCCAGCUGAACCUGUCCUUGCUGGAAACUUGUCACUAGUAAAUGUUCUGUAUCGUGCGAAUGUGCUACGUCAGCCUGUGAUCUGUGUGCAGCAGCCUAUUUUCUCUGUGUGAAUGAACAUGUACAAGGAGAUCUGUCUGCUUUAGUGAGCAUCAAGACAAUGAAUUGUCUUCUUCCAUUCAUGUGGCUGCUCCCUCCUGAACUAAUGGAAGGAAGUGGUCUGGACCUAGAAAGAAAAUGGAUGGUCCAUGAUGGGGGAUUUCCUUAGAGUUGUCCUCUUGGUCCACAUGUUGUCCUCAUUGUAACUGCAGUGAGCUGGAGGUCUGGCAAGGAACCAUUUGCCCAACAGCAUGCUCCAGUUAUUCUGCUCCAGUGCAGGUGAUAGAUGUGUGCCAAAACCUUGUGAUUGAGGUCCCAGCCCAUUGUCCAUGAGCAGACAAGUAGAAACUUAUUUAUAGUGAACUGAUAAAACUGCUAUAGAAUCCUUGCUAGUGACAGCUCAGGGAAGGUGAAAGUCAGGAUUGGAGACUUGAAUUGCUAUUGGAUGUGAGAAUUAUUUUGUUUUUAACUUGCUCACUGGGGCAGGGUCCAGGAACUUGAACUAAAAAUGUCGGCUUAAGCCCCAGCCCCUUCUUUUAUACCCUUUUCUUCUCCAAAGCCUUUAAUUGUGUAGACAGAACUGUGGAUUUUGGCAUGUUGGGUGAGAUGCUUAUUUCUGAAGGAAAUACUUAGAUGUGGCACUGAGCAAGCUCUCUGAGCAUCAGCCCUCUUCCUUGCCAUCUGACCUACCCCUGCAUGCAUGGUGUUAUUGUCAAGCAUGGCUCUGAUUUUUGUUCUCUGCCAGAUGAUUUUGGUGGUUCUAGCCCCAUUCCACCAGAGUAAGAAAUCUUCAACUUGGAAACUCAGAAUGUGGCCUCACAGAUUUCUCCUUGCUCUGUUCCCAGCACUUCCAGCCUUGCUUCUGAGGUUCUAUAAGCUCUAUCUUCAUGGACUCUCCUGUUUGUUUCAACUCAUGUGCAGGGCCCUAUGUGUCCAAACUGACCCUUCUCUUGCUUGGCUCUGUUGGAAUGGGGUCCUUAAAAGAAAGCACUGUCAGCACUGAACUAGACAUCCAUUGUAGCCUGUUGGGGAGGAGGCAGUGAAGUACAGAGGAUAGACAUAGAAUAUCCCAGGUAUCCAUAGCUAGGAAUACCCAUGCUGAAGUCCCUAAUGGAAUCAUCCAUUGCUUUUCCUUUGUUUGAUGAAUUCUGCUGUUCCAUGGGCCAUUAGGCAAGUAGGGAACAUCAAGCUGAAGUGUCUGAGAAGCCAUGGCAAACCUUAUUUCAAACCUGAAUGAUUUGGGGACAUCUAACACAAACUAGCCAUUUAUAAUAAUGCUACUCAUUUCUGUAGCAGAAUCGUGUGUGUGUCUGUGUUUUGUGCUUUAGCAGUAGGAAAACUUGAAAUUCUAAAAGUCUUUACUUCCCUAUUUGAGAGGCUGAUUCAGUAGUGGGUGUGAGAGAGAAUGACGUAUUUAUUACACUUUUUUGAAAGAAAUAUUUGUCUGUCUUGUGGGCAUAUAUUAGGUACAGCCAACUGGAUAUCUUCAUUUGGUGAAUGGAUUUCUGAAACUCAGGCCUUAACCAGUAGAUUGAAAGAUAAGGCCAAUUGAUGUCUGUGAAAGAUGUUUUUGUGUUGUUGUUUUGUGUUUUUUAUUUUUUAUUUUUAUUUUUUGUCCAAGACCAGGACUUGAAGUUGGUAUCUGAUGCUUUCACUCAUUGGCUGGUGCUCUACCAUCUGAGCCAUGCCUCCAACCCUGAAAUGUGUUUUUGUUCCUCAUAUUUGUCUUAGGCUCAUUGUCUUAUUCUUUAACAAUUUUCAAAGAAAUCUUGUGCCUAAAAGUUCAUUUUUCCUAAUUAUGAAGUAGAUACGCAUGUUUACAUUUAUGUAAAAUAUUUCUCUGUAUUGUUUUUGUUAUUGUUUCUCCUAAAAGAUCACUAUAUAUAUUUAA